CCUCCAGGACCGGAAAUGACUCUCUUUAGUUCCCUUCUUCACGUGGUCCGGGCGGGAAGUGACGCGCACGGCCCGGGAGCUGCAGACGCGGACGCCGACGAAGCCGGAGUCGCGGACACCGCGGGGUCUCCGGGACAGUCAGCCACACUGGACCUGAAAUCGAAGGAGGAGAAGGAUGCUGAGCUGGACAAGAGGAUCGAGGCUCUUCGGCGGAAGAACGAGGCCCUCAUCCGGCGCUACCAGGAGAUUGAGGAGGACCGUAAAAAAGCUGAACUCGAGGGAGUAGCCGUGACAGCUCCCCGGAAGGGCCGCUCGGUGGAGAAGGAGAAUGUGGCAGUUGAAUUGGAGAAGAACCUGGGUCCCUCCCGGAGGUCCCCUGGAACCCCUAGGCCCCCAGGGACCAGCAAGGGAGGCCGGACCCCCCCGCGGCAGGGAGGCCGGUCCAGCAUGGGCCGGGCAGCCCGCAGCUGGGAGGAAAGUCCUGGGGAGCAGCCUCGACGAGGAGCUGGGGGCCGUGGCCGGAGGGGUCGGAGCAGGGGGUCCCCUCAUCUGUCUGGAGCUGGAGACACCUCAACUGCUGACCGCAAAUCCAAGGAGUGGGAGGAGCGGCGCAGGCAGAACAUUGAGAAGAUGAACGAGGAGAUGGAGAAGAUUGCAGAGUAUGAGCGCAACCAGCGGGAAGGCGUCCUGGAGCCCAACCCGGUGCGGAACUUCCUGGACGACCCCCGGCGACGCAGCGGGCCCUUGGAGGAGCCUGAGCGGGACCGCCGGGAAGGCAGCCGGCGGCAUGGGCGCAACUGGGGGGGGCCCGACUUCGAGCGGGUGCGCUGUGGCCUCGAGCAGGAGCGGCAGGGCCGCAGAGCCGGCCUGGGUGGCACCGGGGACAUGACGCUCUCCAUGACGGGCCGCGAGCGGUCAGAGUACCUGCGCUGGAAGCAGGAGAGGGAGAAGAUUGACCAGGAGCGGCUGCAGAGGCACCGCAAGCCCACGGGCCAGUGGCGGCGGGAGUGGGAUGCUGAGAAGACUGAUGGCAUGUUCAAGGAUGGCCCGGCCACUGCCCUUGAACCAUCGCACCGCUACGACGAUCAGGCCUGGGCUCGGCCCCCCAAGCCCCCCACUUUCAGGGAGUUCCUGUCCCAGCACAAAGCUGAGGUCAGCCGCAGAAGGAGGAAGAGCAGCCGACCCCAGGCCAAGGCAGCCCCCCAUACCUACAGUGACCAUGAUGACCGCUGGGAGACGAAGGAGGUAGCGGCCUCUGCGCCUGAGCCCCCACAGCCUGCUCCCCCGGAGGAGAUGCCCAUGCAGCUGCCCGAGACCCCAGCCCAGGACUGUCAGCCUCCUGAGGACGAGGGGGAGGAGGGCGAGGCGGAGGACGAGGAUGAGGAGUGGGAAGACGUGAGUGGGGACGAGGAGGAGGUCGAAGAAGAAGAGGAGGAGGUUGAUGAGGAGGAAGAAGAACCAGCCUCAGACCACCCACCCCAAGAGGCUGAGCCCAGCAGGAGCCCCACCCUGGAGUGUGGUGUCGAAGAGCCCACCAGGCCCGAGGAGCCCCAGCCGCUUCCCCAGGCCCCUGCCACGCCUGCUAGCCCCUUCUCGCCCCCCGGGGGCCACCAGCCCGUGUCCGACUGGGGUGAAGAGAUGGAGCUGAAUUCUCCCCGGACCGCCCACUCGGCUGAUGCCCUCUCUCUGGGUGAGGCUUGGCCUUUUGAAAGUGCAUGAAGUGGGCUGCUUGUGUGUGUGCUCAAGGGGUGCGUGGGGGACCCUCAGGCUGGGCCCUGGGACCCUGUGUGCCUCAUGGCCCCUGUGGCUAGGGAAGAUGGUCCAUGCCUGUCUCUGGAUGCCCAUCCUCAGAUCCUGCCCCUGCUCUGAACCAUUCAGGGUCCCCUCCCCAAUAAAGAGUUCACAUCCUCAAAUGACA